GACAGCUACCUUGUUUAUAUCUUGAAUGAACUAGCUGGGAACUCUUUCAUGAUAUUCUGUAGUACAUGUAACAAUACUCAGAGGACUGCUCUACUGCUUCGCAACCUGGGGUUCACUGCCAUUCCUCUCCAUGGGCAGAUGAGUCAGAAUAAACGCUUGGGCUCUCUAAACAAAUUCAAGGCAAAAGCACGUUCUAUUCUACUGGCUACUGAUGUUGCAAGCAGAGGUCUGGACAUCCCACAUGUAGAUGUGGUGAUAAACUUUGAUAUUCCCACACACUCUAAGGAUUACAUUCAUCGUGUUGGGAGAACAGCUCGAGCUGGGAGAUCUGGCAAAUCUAUCACCUUUGUCACACAGUAUGAUGUAGAGCUGUUCCAGCGCAUUGAACACCUGAUUGGCAAGAAGCUGCCAGCAUUCCCUAUGCAAGAAGAAGAAGUUAUGAUGCUGACAGAGCGUGUGGCUGAGGCUCAGAGAAUUGCUCGAAUGGAGCUGCGGGAGCAGGGAGAGAAGAAGCGAUCUCGGAAUGAUAAUGAUGAUGACACAGAAGAAGCUAUUGGUGUCAGGAAUAAGGUGGCAGGUGGGAAAAAGAAGAAAAGAAAAGCCUUCUAG